AUGGCUGACACAGGCUGCCAGAGCUGCUUGGCUAGCAUAAAAGUCAUCCGUCGCCUGGGCCUCUGUGAGAGUGACCUGAUACCCGUCACUAUGAAAAUGCACGCUGUGAACAACAAAGGGAUCAGCAUCCUGGGCGCAGUCAUCUUAAGGUUCUCGGGCAGGUCUCCAUCCGGAAAAGCCCUGGAAAGCCGACAGAUCGUACACGUGACAAGCGACUCAGACAAACUUUUCCUCAGCCGAGAGACAUGCAUGGCACUGGGCAUUAUCACUAAGAACUUCCCCAUGUUGGGGAGACCCUAAACACAUGCAGCUCAAUCGAGCCAGACACAGCCUGCAAUGCAACUGCACCAACCCCGUCAGACAGAGAUAUGCAAACUUCUGAGGGCUCAGACAGCCCCCAUGCACCUGCCAGCGCCGCAUCACACCGCCACCAAGCCCACAACCACCCCCUUUCCCAGCAACAGAGAACAGUCGGAUGAAGAUGCAACAGUGGCUGCUGGACUACUACCGAACCAGCACCUUCAAUACAUGCGAGCACCAGCCACUACCCCUAAUGGAGAGCAUCCCUAUGAGGCUAAUGGUUGACCCCCAAGCGAAACCAGUCGCACACCACAACCCCAUACCAGUGCCACUUCACUGGCAAGAGGAGGUCAAGGCAGGACUCGACCAGGACGUCUCACUGGGUGUCCUCGAACCAGUGCCAGGAGGAGAACCCGUCACCUGGUGCCACCGCAUGGUUGUAUGUGCUAAAAAGAAUGGCACGCGACACGUGAAACCCACCACACGCAAAGCCCCUUCCACCAGGCACGUUCAAUCCCAAGCAACACCAAAAAGACCGUGUUUGACUGUUGGAAUGGUUACCACAGCGUUCCCCUCCAUGAGGACGAUCGACACCUCACCACCUUCAUCACUCCAUGGGGUCGCUACCGCUAUAAAACAGCACCUCAAGGCUACAUAG